GAGGAGAAAAAAAGAUGGCAAAGGAAGACGUUCUUCUUCUUGAUUUCUGGGUGAGUCCCUUUUGCAGUAGGGUGAAGAUUGCAUUGGCUGAGAAAGGUGUUGCUUAUCAACAGAGAGGAGAAGACAUAUUUGGAGGCAAAAGCGAAUUGUUCCUAAAAUCAAACCCAAUUUAUCAGAAAGUUCCUGUGCUAUUGCACGAUGGGAAACCAAUGUGUGAGUCCACCAAUAUUGUGCAGUACAUUGACGAGACUUGGCCUUCCCCUCCACUGUUGCCUUCUUCUGCUUAUGACCGAGCCAGGGCUCGAUUCUGGGCUGACUUUAUUGACAAGAAGCUCUUUGAUGCUGGUGGCAACAUUUGGAAGACAAAAGGUGAAGAUCAGGCGGCUGCAAAGAAAGAACUCAUUCAAAUUCUGAAGUACUUGGAGGGAGGUUUAGGGGACAAAGACUAUUUCGGUGGUGAUAGCUUUGGAUUUGUUGACAUUAUAGCAAUCCCCCUGACCAAUUGGUUCUUUGCUUAUGAGAAAUUUGGGAAUUUUAAGGUUGAAGAAGAAUGUCCCAAAUUUGCAGCAUGGACGAAGAGGUGUUUGGGAAGAGAAAGCGUUGCCAAAACCCUUCCUGAUCCUCAACAGGUUUUUGAAUUCGUCAGUAUGAUGAGGAAGAUGCAUGGCAUUGAAUAGAGAAAUUGCAUGGCAUUGUUGGGAUCGAUCACUUUCUCCUUUUUUUAUCUUUUUGUGCUUUGGAUCGAUCGCUAAUAAAAGAAAAAGAAUAAAGGAAUGGAAAAUAGUCGUUCUCCAUAUCCUUUUCUUUCAUGUAUUUGGUUGUUUGUGGGCAGAAAGUACGGGAGAAUGAGUCCAAUUAGGCCUUGGGC